AUGGCCGUCGAAACAAUCAACUUCGGCUUCCUUCUGGUGCCAUUACAGCUCCUGGACUUGGCCGGUCCCAUGGACAUCGUCGGCAACAUCUCCCAUGACACGGUGGAGAAAUACGGUGGGAAGGAACUAGCAAAAACGGCCCCUCAAAUCAACUUCUUCCACAUCGCAUCGACGUUGGAUCCAGUGCCGCUGACGGGCGGGUUCUUGGCCAAGCCGACGACGACGCUCGCAGACUGUCCGCAACUCGAUUACUUGCUCAUCGGGGGCCCGGAUCCGGCGUAUGCGGCCAACUUGCCACAGGACAUGCGAGAUUUUAUUGUAGAGAGGUCGAAAAGUCUCAAGGCCUUGUUCACCACGUGCACGGGCGGACUGGUCGCUGCGGCGACCGGGGUGCUGGAUGAGAGGUCGGCGACUGUCAAUCAUACUCUGAGCGAGGCCGGGCGAGAGAUUGGGCCAAAGGUAAGGUGGAAUUGGACGCUAAAUUGGGUGGUGGAUGGCAAGUUCUGGACUGCAGCGGGCGCGGUGGCGGGCAUGGAUAUGCUGGCGCAUUGGGUUGAGGUGUCGUAUGGGAAAGACUUGCUCAAUUUCUCGACCAUGUUGUUGGAAUAUCAGCCUAGAGACGUGAAUGGGAAGCCGGUUAGCUACAUGAAUGGAUUGGGCGACAUCGUUGAGGUGUGA